AUUUUCACGAGGGGAGGAGGUGUCGAGGCUGGGAGCCAUAUGGACCCCCGAAUCAAUGCCAGCUAAUGUUUAGAGUUAUCUCUCGCUGAAAAAUCAACGAAAACUGGGAUAUAUGGCGUAAGAAACGUCAACCGGUGGACUUAUUUUAAGAAGGACGUAAGAACGCCGAGGUUUAUCGGAACUUUAUAAGGCAUACACAGGAUGACAACAACACAGUAGUGUUGGCAAUCAAAGGGUUUUUCGAAUUGAUCUCAACACCCUAAGAAUUAAAAUGAGGAUACAAGGGCAGCCAGAGGGAGCACGAAGACGCCUGGAUAUGAACCUAGCUGGUGAGCUGCGGGAUGUGGAGAUCAUCCGUGGUCGUGCUGGCUACGGUUUUACAAUUACAGGACAGAAACCGUGUGUCCUGAGUGGCAUCAUGGAGGGGAGUCCUGCUUAUGUGGUGGGGUUAAGACAAGGAGAUCGGAUCAUGGCUAUCAAUGGAGCAGACGUGUUCGCAGAUUCUCAUGAAACGGUGGUGCAGCUGAUUGGCGGCUGCAAAGGGCCCCUGCAUAUGUUGGUGCUCUCAGAACGCCGAAUAAUGGCAAACCCCAUCCUUAAUGAUGCCAAGUUUGGGUUUGAGCAAAAAGGCAACGUUUUUCAAAAGCCGAGUGUUCUCCGCACGAUAUCGCAUGACUCUAGCCGACCGUCCUGUUAUCCUUCCAAUGGCGUCACAGCUAAACAGAGGCCCGUUUCAGAGCCUGACAUGUUCAUGUGGUCGAAGCAGCUAAAUGCUUUAUCAGAGAAGGUGAAGGUGGAACAACCUGCAGUGAGAGACACAGAUACUGUCUUAACAGAUGCUGAAGUUCAUCCAGACUGGACUGUUUUAAACAUGACUUUGGUGGUCGGCUACCUCAGCUCCACUGAACUGAUCCUGAACACCAGUGAUGCAGAGAGCAACAGUUUAAAGGCCAUUCGGGAAAGAAUCCGACAGUUGGGCACUGAGCAGGAUACCCACACUCUGGUGAUGAUGAAGGUCAUGUAUGAUUGCGUUCGACUGUGUGACGACGCAGGAGCCGUUUUGGCCGCCUUCCCUGCUGAGAACCUCGUUUUAGGAGCUGUUUGUGCCGAGGAUCCACGUUUCUUCUGCCUGGUCACCACGGCACACAUCAUCGGCGGCCGUGUACCAGAGGAUGAGCCUCUUCGGGCAUCCUGUCACGUCUUCUUCAUCGACCCGGAGCUGGGAAAUCAUAAGGAUCAUAUAGGCAUUGCUGGCCGCUUUGGCUUUGACUGCACCCCAGAUCCAGAUGCUUUGGGCUGCCUGGAGUUCCCACAGACUCCCCUAGAUGUGCUGCACUUCGUUACAGUCCUGUAUGGUGACCUGGGAGAGGGGGUGGAAAGACUCCGAGCCAAACUGGACAUGGAGACUCAGCAGCAGAUCAAGGAAAUGGACAGCACAAGCAAACUAGGCAGCGCCAGCAGCAGCGGGGACAGCGGGAUUGAAAAUCCUUCCCCCCCUGAGGAGAGAGAGGAAGGGGGUUUCCCUUCUGAUAUCCCAAAUCUCUCUGGGUCCAACCUCCCCAGCUGUCCAUGGGAUUGCUCCUCGGCUGAAGUCGUUACCCCGAUAAACCUUGGCAAGGAUGGCCAGAAUCAGAACAGCGCCAGCACACAUUCUCUUUCAGAAUCCCUACCUGGCCCGGAUUCUCUUAUAAGCUUUUACGGAGGUCCCCCGCCCAGGCUGGAGUUCCACUUCAAGCCCCCGCCUCCACCUCUUCCUCUGGGUAAAAAACCAAACUUCCUGGCUCAUCCUAUGAGAAACAGUCAAAGGUGGUUUUCAAAGCAAAAAAGGCCUAAAGCUUUAAGCAGUGACUCCUUACAUCAAGACACAUCCAGCGCCACCACAAAUAACCCCCCUCCUCCACUGGGCCAGGUACCCUCAGACAGGUACCAGUCCACAGAGGCCAUGAUUCCUCCUAGAGAGGAAUGGACCCGAAGAUUUCUUGAACAAAGGCAGAAACAGAGGACAGAUGGCAGCUUCAGAAAUGGGUCCAGGUUUUGGGGCAUAGGUGCUGCCCGAGCCUCUAAACGUCGGUCUUCCAAACGUCUCAGCAUGGCACGAUCUCUGGAUGAUCUGGAGUCUGCAGCUUCAUCAGAUGGUGCUCUAAAGUGGCCAUCUGCCGUCAUGAUAGCAGACUACAGUGGAAUCCAGCUGCAGGGAUGCUGCAGCCAGAGCAGCCUGAACAGCAAUGGUAGUCUUCCAGGGGCCGGUAGGCAUCGGAGGGCCACAGAGCAGCGGGUGGCCGGCUGGUCCAGCUGCUUUGAAGGGCUUCUCCAGGACCCCGUGGGUGUGCGUUACUUCUCGGAAUUUCUCAAGAAAGAAUUCAGUGAAGAGAAUAUCUUGUUCUGGCAAGCCUGCGAAGGCUUCUGUCAUGUUCCUGCAACAGACAAAAAGCAGCUAUCCCAGAAAGCCGGGGAGAUCUACAACAACUUUCUGUCCAGCAAGGCCACCAUGCCAGUGAACAUCGACAGCCAGGCCCAGCUGGCAGACGACGUCCUCACAUCACCUCAGCCUGACAUGUUCAAGACCCAGCAGCUACAGAUCUUCAACCUAAUGAAGUUCGACAGCUACUCGCGUUUCCUAAAGUCAUCUCUCUAUCUGGAGUGUCUGCGUGCUGAGGAGGAUGGUCAGCCCCUGCCGGACCCCUACCAUAUCCCCUGCAGCCCUGCCCCCUCCAAACACAGCGCCAGCUCUGACCGUUCCACCCUCUCUACACCCAAAAAGGACAUGAGAAAACAGAGAUCAGGGAAGUCCCUAAAUGAAGACACCAAGGACGAAAGCGCAGAUAAGAAGCGUGGCAUCUUCUUCUCCUGGUCUCGCAACAGAAGCUUUGGGAAGGGUCCAAAGAAGAAAGACAUUGGAGACAUUAAUCUAGCAGAUUUCUGGGGUAGUAAUGGACGGAGAGAGUCCCAGGGUUCCCUGUCAUCCAGUGCCAGUCUAGAGAUCCCCAAUUCUGUUUCUGCUGCCAAAAUGGAGUCUGAUAAUCGCCACUCGGUGGGAGCGUGGGAACGCACACCCAGGCAAUGUAGUGUGCUGCUGCCCGACGGCUCCUGUUCCUCCAUCACUUUACGGCAUGGUGCCUCCAUUAGGGAGGUCCUCCAAGAUCUGUGUCGCAACAUCUGUGUCAACAUUGCAGCCGUAGAUCUUUUCCUUGUGGGAGGAGAGAAGCCUUUAGUGUUGGACCAAGACUGUAUGACUCUCUGUUCACGAGACCUAAGAUUGGAGAAGCGCACUUUGUUUCGACUGGACCUGGUGCCGAUUAAUCGCUCCGUGGGUCUUAAAGCCAAACCUACAAAACCAGUCACAGAGGUCCUCCGUCCAGUGGUGGCAAAAUACGGCCUAAAUCUCAGUGAUCUCGUGGCAAAAAUAAGCGGGGAGACGGAGCCGCUGGAUUUGGGUGCCCCCAUAUCAAGCCUGGAUGGCCUGAGAGUUGUACUGGAGCAGGCAGACCCCUGCUCAGGGAAAGAAAAAUCCAAGUCUUCCUCCCUAAAGGGCUUCCCUCCAACCAGGAGUUUUUCUGCUGCAGGAGAUGAAAGGUCAGCACCAAAGGACAUUUCUGUGAGAGCGAGUGGACCAGCCUCAGCACUCCCAGGGGAAAAGAGAAAACAGAAAAAGAUAAAUAUAGAUGAAGCUGAAGAAUUCUUUGAGCUGCUAACCCGAGCUCAGAGCACCCGAGCCAACGACCAGCGUGGACUCCUGAGCAAAGAAGACCUGGUGCUCCCAGACUUCCUGCGCCUGACUCCACCCGCCUCCUCCGACCUGGCCUGUUCCACCCCAGCCUCCCUGAAGCAGAGCCGAGAGAACGGCGUCUCUCCUCGGGGAUCCCUCACCUCCGGCCUGCGCUCGGAGAGCCUGGACUCUUCCCUCAGCUCCAGUGCCAACGGACACUCAGCAGCCAGGAGGUGCCUGCUGGCUCCUCCCCGCCAUUCCACGUUUGGCACCCACCUCUCCCCCAUCCCCCGGCCCUCCGACUCUCGGCCGAGCCUCCGCACAGUGGAGGAGGACGCCCAAACUGACCUGACCCUGGUGGGGGAGGGCGACAUCAGCAGCCCCAACAGUACUCUGAUACCCCCUUCACCUUCAUCCUUCCCAUCCCUUGAGACCAGUCUCCCUGAGGCCAACUUCACCCCGCCACCACCCUGCUCCCAGUCUCAAGACACAGUUGGAGAGGGAAAGUCAAGUUCAGGGCGAAUCAUAGAAACAACCCACAGCACCAAAUCACCUGCUGACAGAGCAGAUGCUGCACUAACACUCCAGGAGGUGAUGGAUGUGGAGGGGGUCCACCUAGAAGAAGCACGGCUCGAAACGUCCCAGGGAGAGGACUCGGAGCUCAGCUUGAGUUUUCAGGGCUACGUCGCCGAGCUCCGGCAGUGCCAGAGCAAAAUGAGGAACGCCCAGAUACCGCAGAACGGCCGUAGCCCGUCAGAAGGACAGGACUGCCAGUCGGACAUGUACAAGGCCACGAUCGUCUGAAGGGGACAACCUCACCCUCACACACACUACUGCACUUUUUCAGCCUGAGGCACUAAUGUCUGGAGGGGGAUAUGUUAAACAAUGGCCUGCAUUUAGAGAUGUCAUUUUCUCUCUCUUUGAAACAAAAGCAAUGGCAAUAGAUGUAUUUACAAUAAUUCAUUGGUGGAUUGUAAUCAUUUAUUUGAAUGAUUAUUCAGUUUCAUUAAUAUUUCAAACAAUGUAGCCCCAGUUCAAACGUACAAUACCAGAAUUAUACAUGCAGGCUCAAUCUUCACAAGAUGCUCCUCAAACCAUAUUCAUUUUAUAGCCAUCAACAAGCAUUUAAUAUGAUUCAGUUUGUAAAUUUGACCUCUCUACUUGGCGGAAUUUGUAUAGUUCAUCUAAAGUUGUUGAUUUUCCGCCACACACCUGGUUUGUUUUCCAGAAAUCUGUAGAUUGGACCAAUGUUAGCCUGGUUUAUUCAUUCCAAAGCCACUUUAUGUGUGUUUUGGAUUCCCAACCGGCUGGAAUGUCUGCUUGUGUCCCAGUUUCAACUAUCUAGUUGUUGAGGUGAGGUUUGGUUGAACAGCUCUAUCAUUUCAUGUAUUGUGUGUGAAGCAACAGUAGCACUGGUUGCCAAGCUGAUGCUCAGCAUG